AUGGCGAGGCCCGAUCAACCCAACCCAAUUCCAGCAUACUAUUGUUGCUAUCUUCUUCGCUCGACCGUUCGACACGCCUCGCUAUAUAUUGGCUCAACACCGAACCCAAUCCGCCGACUGCCGCAGCAUAAUGGCGUCGCCAAAGGUGGAGCCAAGCGUACGGCCCGGGAGAAAUUGCGCCCGUGGGAAAUGGUUCUUCUGGUCGAAGGAUUCAUGAACCGCGUUGGGGCAUUGCAAUUUGAAUGGGCAUGGCAACACCCAGAAAAGUCCCGACACAUGGUAUCCGAUCAUGCUGGCACAGACCCUGAAUUACAAUCCAAGGUCCAUGUGGAUCCCAAAAUAGGGAAGACGAAGCCGCGUGCUGCCCGCUCCAGAAAAUCCCUCACAGCCCAUGUGGAGGACCUGCACUCGCUCCUCCGAUCUCCCUAUUUCUCUCCUUGGCCACUACGCCUGCGGAUCUUUUGUGCCGAUGUCCACCGGGUGUGGAGAAUCUGGAGCGAGCGGGUCGAUGCCCAAGUUCCCCCAAACAUCAACAUCAUCCUUGACGGGGACUGCCCAAAGGCUGCGCGGGACAUCCCGCAGGGUCCUGAAGGUGCCUCAGUCGGGACAAUUGACAAGCUAUCAGUUGACUACACACGUCUUGAAAAUUAUCUUGAGAAGUCAAUGUUCCUGCUGGAUGAUGCCGAAGAUCUACAGUGCAACGUUUGCAAAGCCCCGGUCAUCCCGGAUACACAACAGAUUCUAGUGUGUCCCCAAGCGCACUGCUAUGGCACGAAUCAUUUAUUGUGUUUAUCUACCAAGUUUCUCAGAGCCGACGAAUCAGGCCCCCUGGUGCCAACAGUUGGGAUUUGUCCAGCAUGUCGGAAAGUUGUGCAAUGGCCUGUCAUGGUGCAAGAACUCAGUUUGCGCAAUCGAGCUGAGAAAGAAGCGCGAGCAAUCAUACGAAAAAAAGAAAAGCGUGUUCGCAAAGAGGCUGCAUCCAGUGAGGAGAAAUUGUCUGACUCACGGUCAUUUCCAGUGGACCAUACACCCAAGAGUCAGUCGCGGCAAGCGCAAGAUGUCAAGGCGAUUCUUCAAGACGACCCCGAGUUAGAUUUCAAUUGGUGUGAGGUAGUAGACCAGGAAUCUGACUCUGAGUGUCAAAGCCGACGGGAAAUUCGAUCGACACAGCCUCCGUCGAUACCUGAAGUCGUCAUCGAAGAUAGCGACUGGGACGAUGUAGAGAUCUUGGAAUGA